CCAGACGUUACAACUUACAAGUAUUGGCAGAGAUGUGGCGCAGAUAAAUAGUAUCAAGUUUACAUAUCCUUAACUAUAUUUUAAGAAAAAAUCAAUUAAAGAUCAUUUAUACAACUAUGUUAUGAAAAGGUUACGAAACCAGUUUAUUUCAUACAUUAAAUAUAAAAUAUAAAAAAUAAAUAAAAUAUAAAAAUUAAGUACAAAGAAAUACUAUUGACGAUGAAAAUAUGUUGGGAUUCAAAUCCAUAUAAUCGACCAAGUGUUAUUGAAAUAGAAGAAUUAUUGAGAUUGUUUAUUUUAUAUGAAAAUGAAGAAAUUAAAAAGCAAUUUGAUGAAGCAGAAAAUAUAGAUAUUCCAAAAUAUAAUAGUAUCAAUAGUAUUUCAAAUAAGUUACAUACUUCUUAA